AAAUGCGAUAUUAUAUAUACAUACAUGCAAUUACAAAAAAAACACAUAUUUUGAUUUAAAAUCAAUUUAUGAUAACUUUGACACCUGCGUGAAAAAAACAAGAAGGCAGCAGUUCCCCAUUCUGUUUAUAACGGUAAUAAUGGCUAAAUGUUUAACAUUUUAUGAUAGGCUUAUACCUUAUAAGAAUGUAUUUUGAGUAGACGCGUAUAAUUGUAUUUGUAUUUUAAUUGUAUUUAUAAAAGUACACAUGCAUAUACAUACAUAUAUCCAAUUAAACACGUAUAUGUUUACAUAUAUUGUUAAUGCUAAUUAGUGUAUGUGUUUAAAUAGCUUAGCUGAGCUGAGUUAUAUACAUUAGUUAGACGAUUAAGUACAAUAUUUUUCAAUUAUUCUUUUGUUUUAUAAAAUUUUGAGUGCAAAUAUAUCUACAUAUAUGUAUAUCUAUAAAUGUAAUAAAGAAUGGUUUCAAUUUGGUGCGGGAAUCGUUGCGCUGAACCCUAGAGUUAUAGAAAACUCGAGAUAUAGAGGCAACGAAAUACAUUACUGUUAAUGAAUUACAUUUCAAUAACAAAUAAAUAUAUAUAUAUACGAAUUUUUAUUCAAAUAUAUUCGGUUUUUUUUUUGUAAUUAAGAGUAGUCCUUAAACGAAACCCAUAGAUAGACUGAUUUAAAACAAGAAACUGUGAAUUUCAAAACGUACGGCAUCUCUUUAUGCCAUAAUGUGGGUGCUAUUUUCAUUUGUAUACAUCAAACAGCUGAUUGUAUUAAAAGCUAAAUUUGUUUUCGCAACAUAAAGUAUUGUUUUUUUGUUAGCAAAUAUACAAAUAAAUUAAACCAUGAAUGUUGACGAAUCCGCGUUGGAAAUGGAUCCUGAACUGGCCAAGAAAUUAUUCGCUACCGGUGCAGUGUUGGUAGUAACAGGAGCGCCAGUCGGCACAGAAUUCGGCAUUGAUCUAUGCAACUACAAAAUUGGCGAAAAAUUUCGUGGCGUAAAAAUGAUACCGCCCGGUCCGCAUUACAUCUGGUGUGCAUCCUGCGGUCCAUAUGGUGAUGUUGCACCACGUGUGGGCUUUGUACAUUACUUCAAAAGCGAAGAGGUGGUUGUGCGUGAGUGGAGUCAACGCGAUGAAGAAAUGCAAGAGAGUCAGUCUGAUGACAAAGAAUUGGAAAAGAAACGUAUACGCGAUAAUCUCAAGGAAUUCGAUAGUUUUCUAGCACCUUACGAUUAUCGAUUUUACAAUAAAUGGAAACUCUUAACAGACAAAGUGACCGAAGGCACAGUCGAACGUUGCAGACCAACAUUGGGACCAAUACGUACAAAUGUAGAAUUACAAUCUUGUUCCGAUGAGGAUCGACCAAGAGGCACGUUACACACAAACAAUUUACAACAACAUAACACUAAAACAAUUGUAAACGAAAGUGACUUGCUACCCAACUUGAAACCGGUCGAAGGUACUGCGCCACGCUUCACUGAACUACCUGCGCGUGUACCACAGAAUGCAACGCCCGCUGAAGUAUCGCGUCAUAGCAUUGAUUGUGUGCAUGCAAUUGAGACACUUGUUGGCAAGUUUCAUAGUUCGGAAGCUUUGAUCGAGGAGGAGCAAUUGGCUUUUGUUUUUUAUCUUGUUGGUUGUUCGGUGGAGUCUCUGGCACAUUGGCGCAAUAUACUGCAUUUGUUGGCACACUCUGAGCAAGCGGUGCAAAAUUUUAAAAUACUUUAUAUGAAAUAUGCUGAAGCAUUGAUGCAACAAUUACCACACCUGCCCGAAGAACUCAUGGAACCAGGUGAAUAUAACUCAGUUUAUAAAGAUGUGCGUUCGCUGCUAAUUAACCUAAAUUUGGGUGGCCUGGGCGUAAGUGCAGAUAAACUUAGUAGAAAAUUACAGAAAACCUUGCAAUGGCAUUUUGAGGGUUUGCUUGAUGAAGAUCCUGAGGAUAUGCCGGUUAUAGUAGAAUUGACAUAGACUUAUAGCUGCGCUAUAAAAGAUUGAAAUAUAUUUGCAUAGAUACAUAGCAUAUGAAUAAAGUAAUAUAAAAUUGUAAUAGA